AGUCUGGUGGGGAGGGUCAGAACCCCGCCUUUUUCCCAGAGCGCCGUCUCGUCCCUUCCGCUUCCGGUGACGCGAGCCUGGCGCCGGAAGCUGCGCUAGUGCUGAGUUGGAGCCGCUGCUGCUGGCGGAGCUGGAGCCGCAAUGGCGCCAAAGGGGAAGGUGGGAACCAAAGGGAAAAAGCAGAUUUUUGAAGAGAACAAGGAGACGCUGAAAUUCUACCUGCGGAUCAUCCUUGGUGCUAACGCCAUUUAUGCAGUUGUGAACCUGGUGAUCUUCUACACAACAGCCUCCUUCUGGACCUGGGUUGCGUUUGUGUUUAGCAUGGUGAUCUACGGUGCCAGUUAUCGCUCCAUGAGCUCCAUGGCAAAGGCCUCUUUCACGGACGAUGGCAACCUUGCUGACGGGGGAAUUGACCUGAAUAUGGAGCAGGGGAUGGCAGAGCACCUCAAGGAUGUGAUCUUACUGACAGCCAUUGUCCAAGUGCUCAGCUGCUUCUCCCUCUAUGUCUGGUACUUCUGGCUCUUGGCUCCAGGACGGGCUCUCUAUCUCCUGUGGGUGAACAUCCUGGGGCCCUGGCUCACGGCCGACUCUUCAGCUGCCACCCAGGAGCCAAAUGAGAAGAAGCAACGCCGCCAGGAGCGCCGCCAGAUGAAGCGCUUCUAGCUACACACGUGGGGGUGGAUUAGAUCUAAUUCACCAUCUCCACCUUGUUACUUCAUCAGGGAUGCGAUUUAAACCAAUCAGAAACCGUCACAGUGUCUGUCACCCUCUCAUCGAUCCAUUCCACUAUAAAGGCUGCCAGAGACUUCCCUUGACUGCUUCUGAUGGUCACAUCAGGGGCUGCUCCACCACUUGGGGCCUUACUUGACAAGGGGGAGGGAGGUUACGAUGGGAUAUGUGUAAAUAGCUUUUUCAAGCAAUGGUGUAAGGAGUUUGGGGAUUGGAAUUGCCUUGUUGGAGGAAAUAUAUUAAAGAGGAAAAUCUAAGCGCUGGUACUGGUGGCCAAUGUUUGCUUCAGGGUCAAACUUUGCAACAACAAAAAAAUCACCAGCAGGCAGAGAUGAGAGCUUGAAAAUGUCAUGCUGCCAAGUGAAAGUUUGACUAAGUUCUAAGCAAUGGAGAAAGGACGUUCAGAAUGGAAGUGGCCACUCUCACUGAGCUAUCACUGACUGGGCUGGGACCAUUCACAAUAGUCCCCCAGCACUGCCAGAAAGCCGGUGCUCAGAUUUCAAGUUCUUGGGUGACACCGUCCCCCGUUUCUUCGCUAGUCCCCCAGUGAGGCCUCCAGCAUCACUGACACUUCCCAUGUAAACACGAGUGGAAAAAAAAUCUUUAUUGGGGGGAUUAAAAUCCUCCUUACAGUUGAGGAAUGGAAGGGCAAAGGCAUUUUUACAGGCAAUGUCUGGGUGGGAAGCAAAUAAGCAGUUGACUGAGUUCUGGUGCUGACCAGAGCACCUGCUGAUGAGGAAAUACCGCGCUGUCAGAAGCUUUUCAUGGCAUGCAGCCUAAAUUUGAUUUCUUUAAUAAUAUCCAGUCCCCUCUGCCCAGCUAGAGAAGUCACUCCUAGCUGUAUGGUUUCCCCUCUGCCCAGGUACUACAGCGAUGAGCACAGGACAAGAAGUGAUAUAGACGAAAACAGCCCUGGUGCUCCUUCACCCUGUCCUGGAGUGCAGCACUCGUCCAGCUCUGCUCCUCCAACACCUCACACCCUUCCACCCUCCCUGACCAAUCUACCGCUCCCUCCUAGGGUUUUAAUCUAUGAUCUGCAGACUUCACAGUCCUCUCAGUGAUUCCUAUAGAACAUUUCUGUUCUCCACCUUGGAUUUGUUUAACUAUCUUCCAUCAUCCUUCUUUCCCCCAGUGUAGCGCCCUCUCCCUGCAACAGCAUUUAAAAACCCCACCCCCAAAGCACCUGUGGUGCUAGUUCCCUCCCGUGGCAUUGCAUGCAUGUUAGCCAUCGUCCCCUCCCCCCCACCCUCACCGCC